AUGACCCUCUUUAAUCCGACCUCGAUCCUCGUCGGCUUCCUACUCCUAUACCUGUCGUCCUUCUUCGUCUUCGCGAUCGUCCGCAUUGCAACCGGAAUCUCCAUCCAACGGAUCGGUUACUUUUCCCUCCGUCGCAUCGCAUAUACCCCGAAGGAAGGCCUGCAUAUUGAGAUACGCGGACUCGGCUUCUCAUUACACCCCCCGUCCUUCGCGCAGCCAACAUGGAUCAGUAUUCGGUUGACAGAAUUGAAGGUGAAACUGGAUGCAGGUACACAGGCAGGGGGCAAACCGGAAGCCCCUCGAGACAUUUUAGGAUCCCUGAGCCCUGGAAGCCCCGUCCCUGACGACAGCACGACUCCCGACUCGACAACCCCGCGGAGUAAAACAUGGAGGACAUUGAGCCGGCUGAAGGAGCGCUUGAAGCGACUGCAUCGACAAAUCAACUGGCUGGCCCUUGUUGAUAUCUCAGCCAUGAACACGACCGUCCAAUUUGUCGGCGCCGGUCAAAUACAGGUGGGGUCGUUGUCGCUGGCGGUGGACACCCGGAGUAAGAUGGUCGAACGGGGCAAGCUCUUUCGCCGCAAGAAGGACAUGUCCCAGGAACAGCGCCCGGCGGAAUGGAUCAUGAAUGUUCAAAAUGUUCUUCUCGCCGUGGAUGGCAGGGAGCCAACCGAGAUCUUGGAUAACGUUGGUGUGAACCUCCAUGGGUUACUUUAUAAGGACCUUGAAGGGUUACGGGAUGCCUCGAUCGCGCUGAAGAUUGGUCGACUGCACGUUCCUUACGAUGAUAUCAGCAUGCUUCUACGACGUAUCAAAUCCGCUCAGAAACCACCCGCCAAGGAGCCGAUGCGCGGGGAGACGGAUGACGAGAUCUCAUUUGCCGACUUCGUGGAGGAGCUUGACAAGCCCGGCAGUCGGAACGAUUCAAUUGUACAGACUGUGGCUGAUUCAAAGGAGUUUGCUAGCUCUCUUCUGCGGGGAAUUCAGGAGAUCCAGGUCGCUCUUAGCUUCUUCCGGGUUUCACGAAGUCUUGGAUCUCUUUCUGCAGACCAGAGCCCCGUUUUCGUGAAUGUGGUAUCCCACGAACUGGGUAUUGAUCUCCAUAGGAUGGACCAAAAGAGCCCGGAGCAUCGUAUGUAUUUCCAAUCAACCGACGUUGCCCAUCAAGCACUACUCGCCGCCAUUUCCCUGUCUGUGAGCUUGGAUGACAACUCAGGAGAAACCGAUAAUGUUCUUUACGUUCCUAUGGCCACCACAACCAUCAAGACUACAUUGCCAUCGAAGACAGUGAGUGCCUUCGAGGACGAGAACCCAGAGGAGCGAAACUCCAAUAUCCUCUUCGCCAACUUAGUUAUCACGUCACCAUCACUCGACAUGCAACCUCAACAUGUGUCUCGACUCUUGAAACUGGCACAAGCGCGCGCAUCUUCUCCUCGAAUCAAGAAGCGGAGCAACCACCAGUUGAUUACCCGUUUACUUCCCAAGGCGACCAUUAAGUUGUCUGUUCAUGAACCCGUCAUUCGAUUCGUCCUUCCAAUUGAAAAAGAGUCGGGCACUCCGGAUGACUACAACCUCCUCAUUUCAUCUAUCUCUUCGAUAUCGCUGGAUAUUGAAUCAUCUCAUUCGUCCGAGGGUGGCGCCCAUUAUUCCCUUUCAGCCAUUUACCGUGUUGCAUCUCACAAAUUUUACUACCAGACCCCUGCUGGUAAUAAACACAAUUUACUUACGACCGAGAGCCUGGAGUUCAAGGCCCAUCUCAAUGCAAGCCCGGAGGUCAAGGUCAUUGCUUCGGGAGCCUUGAAUGACUGCUCGAUUCAUAUGAUCAAUGGGGACGUCAAUCGCGGAAUUCGCGAGGUUCUUGAACAAUUCCGGAUGCAUCUGCAACCUCAAAAGAAGGUUCGAAUGCCACCGAAUGAACGCAAGACGAGCCCAUUAAGGAAAAUCCCCCCAUGGCUUCUUCAAUUCACAUUCGAGUCUACUGGUCUCAGCCUGGAAGUUGCUGGAGUGGACAAGCCUGUGUCUGGUGUCUCUCGCGGUGUCUCUUUGCAGUUACAGUCUUGGACAGCAGAAUACAAGGUGGUGCAAGAGACUGAACACAAUGUUGGUAGUAUUGCCAGGAGACGUACUUCCAGUCAAUCAAUUAGCGACGAGUCGCCGUUCAGGUUCACUCCAACAUCGCCCCCAAAGACUAUGCAGCGUGGUACAGAGCGUGGUGCCACUGAUGGCAGACGACUCGCACUUCAUGCGCGAGGCUUUGACGGUUUCGUGAUCGAGUCUGAUGAUUAUCUCGAACCCGAGCCGUUUGUCUCUCUACCCCGAUUUGAGAUUGCCUUGAGCACUCAUAGCGACCGGCUCGGACCUGUCCUGCACAUUAAUUCAGUCUUUAAAGGGAUUUACCUGCAAUAUUCUCUCUACCGGUUUUAUUGUCUUGGUGUUGCGAUUUCCGUGCUUCAGGACGUUUUCAAACCUCUGCCACAGGACUCCGAUUCCAAUAAAACGAAACACAGGGGAGAGCCAAGCAUAUCGAUGCCACCGCCUCCAUACUCUCCCUCAUCAUCAUCGAAAAAUGAGCUAAUCACCAUGGACGUGAAAGCGACUGUUGUUCAGCUCAAAACCAACCUUCCCGCCGAUCCUCCAAUGAUGCUCCAGAUUUAUGGCCUGGCGGGUGGUUCACAGCGACUUUCAACUCCUCAUGUCAAGGCAAAUCUAGUCCGCAUCCAUGCCGAGGCCCCUAAGCUCAAGGGUGUUUGGGCUAGAAUUGGCAGCAUGAACAAUGUUAGACUUGACUUCCGCAAGAUGAAAUACAAGCAGGGCACAGGGUUGGUUGAGGAGAGGUCAAUCGAUUUGUGGGCCGACUUUAUCCGAAUCGGCGUCCCGCAUCAUAUGGUAAUGCAUCGAAUUUUCGAUAACAUUAUCAACACUUCAAAGGCUUUCAAGCAAUUACAUCAUCGCUUUAAAAACCGCUGCAAGGAGUUCGUCUCUGUUCGAGAGCCCGAGGGACCGAAGAAAGUACCGAGAGUGUCACUUCGCACCAAAGCUCUUCUCUUCGAGCUUGAAGAUGACGCCUUUGAAUGGAAGCUGGGUUGCAUCUACCGAACCGGCUUGGUUGAACAGAUUCAGCGAUGUGCACGCGAAGAAGCGUUCAUUUUGAAAGCGCAGAAGGUUAGAGAACAGGAUCAACGCCGUGCUUCGUCAAGGCUACGGGCGAGAUCCAGUCAUCGAACCUUGCGCAGCGAACGAACUAGUCAAGAUACUCGCAGAAGCAAGAGCGCGGAUACGCGAACCAAGAAAGAAGAACCAGCUCGUGGUCGUGCCCGCAGAUAUCGCUAUGACACUGAAGGCGAAACAUGUUUGACAGCGGAGCAGAAGAUUUCAGUGGAUGCUGCCUGGAACCGCCUUCAACAACAUAAUGCUCAAGUCUGGAAAGAGAAGAUCGAUGCUGCUAUGAAGUUCCAGGGUACAUCUAUCAAAGAAGUCCGAAACUUAUUCUCUGGUGCAGAUGAACCGCCUGACGAUGCCAAGGAGACCGAGACCAUUCUUGCAAUCCCAAACAGACCAGGCUUGCUUUCUGCUCUGAUUAGCGAUGUGAAUCUUGUGAUCGAUAAACCUUCGUUCCCGAUUGAUGACUUCCCAAAAUUCCUCAACCGUAUUGGCAAGGGCAUGCCUAUGUCGAUGAAAUACGGCUUACUCGUUCCCAUGAGCUUCAACCUGGAGAUGGGCGAAGCGCGCGUCAACUUGCGAGACUACCCCCUGGACCUAUUGCAUGUCCCAGCCCUUCGUCCCGGACAGUCUCCGAGACUUCCUAGCUGGUCCUUGCGAACCAAUUUUGUCAUCGCUGAAGAGUAUCGUGACCACGAAUCUGCAAGACAGGUCGAAGUAGAGCUUAUUCCCUCUGCUACAGCGAAUGAUGGGUCUCACGUCGAUCCGUUCCGUAUGAAAGUUUGGCGGUCAGUGAGUCCUGUGAAGACAUAUUCUGAUCCGAUCAUUGAGAUCAACACGAGCUUGCCUACGAGCAUCUCCUGGGGAGUGUCGUACCAGCCCGUAAUUCAAGACAUGAUGAAGAUCAUUGAGGGUUUCACCAAGCCUGAAAUUGAUCCAUCUGACCGGGUUGGCUUCUGGGACAAGAUCCGUCUAAGCUUCCACUCUCGCAUCAAGGUGCUCUGGAAGGAAGACGGUGAUGUUCAUUUGCGCCUCAAGGGCUCUAGAGACCCUUACGUUGUCACAGGAUUCGGAAGUGGCUUUGUUAUGUGCUGGCGAAGGGACGUCAAGUGGGAGCUUCAUUCUAACGAUGACCCAAUGGAGUUCAUGAGCGUGACAAGUGGAGAAUAUGUGUUGGCGAUUCCGGAUUACAGCGCAGAAGCUCGAUGGGCAAACGAAAUGACCACAGAAGACGCGGAUACCAGUUCACAAUCUAGCGAGCAGAAGAAUGCCGCCUACUUCAAGAAGGUCAUCAUGAAGCUGUCUGGUGACGUAAAAUGGGCUGCUGGGUUAGUCUUCGAGCGUGAUAUUGACGCUGACUCAAGAUCCUUCGCAUUCAAGCCACAUUAUGAGGUUAUUCUGAAAAACCCCAAAUUCAUCACCGAAGCACAGCGUGCCAACUACGAUGCCUAUCGUGGCUUCCGGAGUGACCACAUUCACCUGUCUGUAUCGAUUAUUGCACCUCAAAGCAGGAACUGGUCUGUUGAUGGUGUCCAGCCAUCUUCAAGUUACAACACUACUCACCUAAGUCCCCGUUUCUUUACCCACUUUUUCAGUUGGUGGUCGCUCUUCUCCGGUGUCAUGUCUCUCCCUGUUCGCCAGGGUCCGCUCUUCCCCGGCAUCACGAAAACCAGCAAGAAGUUCAAUCGUCAUUUGGCGACCGUCAAAUACAAAGUUCUGCUUGCUCCUUUGUUUGUAGCGCACAUCUAUAAGCACAAGGACCGUGAAGAUUAUGGCGAGGAUGCCGUGGCAGCUACUGGUAUCAAGGUUCGCCUUGACAGUUUGAAGCUUGAUAUUCAUCAACGCCGCGAGCAGAUCAAGACACAAGCCCGUGGCCACUCCAAACAGACCAAGACAAGUGCGAUGCGCAUCAAUCAAGCUCUCAUUGACUUGCAAUCAGCCGACUUCCGGGCUGUUUCUGCUAGCAUCGAAGGCACUUCAUCAGAGGACAUUGAGAAGAAUAGAGAUGACAUUAUAUCAUCCUUCCAGCAACCUGUGGCCUCAGUUGAUCUAUCUCGCUUUACGAUCCCCGAUCAAAACCUGGACUGGAUUGAUAUGGACGAUUUUGUCGAGCCAGACUGGAUUCUUCCCCAAGAGUCAAAUCCCAAAACACAGAUUCUUCCGCUUGCAUUUACCCCGCGCUUCACUUACUUCCGCCAAACGGACCACGGUGAUGUUGGGCCCGAAGAGACCGGCUACAGUACCUUUGGGAACGAACCGACCCACGACUGCGUGAUGUCUGAUACAAACGAGCCUCGCCGUGUCCAGAUAGAGUUGAUUAAGGAUCGUCUCGCGACUAUUGAAGCCCAGCUCCGGAACUACGAUCGUAAUAUCGGGGAACUCGAGCUCAAGAUGAUGAAAGAUGUCGAUCAUGACCCUGGCUUGAAGACUCAGCAUGAGACUUUAGUUCGCCAAGCUGAAUCUCUUUCCAGGCGGCGAAAGUUCUUGACAUCAACCCUGAACCGACUUGAGAAGCUCCUGGCACGCGAUGAACGGACGCCUCAGCGAAAUAGGCUUGGAGUCAAUGCUGCGCCUAGCGAGGCCUCUUUCCGCACAGGAAAUGACGCAGACUCUACUGCUGACGGUCGCUCUGGCAUUGAUGGCAUAUAUUCAUCUGCCAAUGAUGAAUUUUCUAGCGACUUCAACAAUCGUUUUAUGAUUCACAACGUGCAGUUGAAAUGGAACAAUUCGCUUCGGAAUAUCAUUCUCCGGUAUAGCCACCAAGUGAGCCAGCGUCGAGGCUUUGUUUACUACAUGUCUAGACGGGCUGUCAAGUUCAUUCUCGACAUUGUGGACGAGCAGAGCAAGGGCAAAAAGAAGCACUGCAGUGUGCCCAAAGAGCAGCCUCGAAGCGACAACGAGGAAGAGGACGUGGAGGAUCGCAUUGAACAGCUUCUAAAUGAUGCUAAGCGCUACGUCAAUGCUGAAGAACAUGAGCCAACCGAUUCCAACACCGACUCACCUCAAGACUCUGACAAUUCCAGUGAAGUCAUUGCGCCCGAGUUCACCCCGCAGAACAGCUAUUAUCUCCGACUUAUUGCCCCUCAGAUCCAACUACUUAGCGAGAAGAAUCCUAAGUCGGUGCUAAUGGUGGCGGCCAAAGGAAUGGAGCUCAAAGUUGUGUCAAUCAUGGACAAGGAGCGUGUUUCAGACGAUGUUAGCGGAUUGGUUCAACGUCGUUUCUCUCUUGAGAUGGACGGUGCACAAUUCUUCGUUGCAACCCAGAAGAAUCUCAUGGCGAACUUGCAGUUGUAUGCUGGUAACAAAUACGGCAAUGUUCCCGGAUCUGCCUGGCCGCCUUGGUUGACCCUUGAGGCCAUGUUUGAUUUCGAGCUGAACCCCUUCGGAUUUUCUCGAAUCGUGCAAAAGACUUCGGCUAGCCUCCGCUAUGACAAGUACAACAACCUUCGGUUGAAGUACAACGAAGAAGUAGGCAAGGGUCACCACGAAGAAGACCGUAUGGAUCAAAUAAGUGUCGACUUCCCCCACUUCCGGGCUAUCUGCGAUUCUGCUGAGUAUUACUCCAUGUAUAUCAUUGUCUUGGAUCUUAUGCUAUACAGCGAGCCGCUCGAGAAGAUCCGAAACGAACGCCUAGAAAAGAUCAUGCUUACUUCCGAUUUCAGCGAUCUUCGUGGCACUCCAGAGAUGGUCUUCAAGCUACAAUCACGCAUCCGCCAGCUGGAAGAAAUCAAAGACUACUUCCAGAUCAAUGCCAAGUAUCUGGACAAGCAGGGUUGGGAAGACCGACUAGCCCUGGAACGUGAUCUUUCUCAAUGCGAGGACGAGCUGUUCUUCAUGAUGAAGGCCAUCACCACCUCCCAAAGACGUGCCGAGCCUAGUUCGUCUGUCACAAACGGCGUGCUGCGUUGGAGCAUUUCCGCAAGCGAGGUAGUGUGGCAUUUGAUGAACGAGGCGUCUGCUCCAUUAGUGGAAUUCCAGCUUCAGAAUGCUGCAUAUGAACGAACAGACAAUACUGAUGGAUCCAACCACAAUCUCGUGGCAAUUGAAAGACUGAGCGGGUUGAACCUCUUGCAAGAUGCGAUCUAUCCCCAAAUCAUUGCACCUUACCUUGAUCAGCCUCGAGCCUUGGAUGAUUACAUGCUAAGAGUGAAGUGGCACAUGCUGGAAGCUGUUGCUGGAGUUCCCGUGGUUGAUAACUUUGAAGUAUCUCUCUUCCCACUCAAGAUCCAGUUGGAGCGUGAACUUGGGCAAAAGCUCUUCGAGUACGUCUUUCCCGACGUGGACUCUGGUCCAUUUGAAAAUGGCGGCCUCUCGUCUUUCAUGGAUAAGAAUAUGAAAACCUUUGAUGAUUCGGAUGAUGAGAACGAUGCCGACUCCAAAAACCCGUCAAUCGCUCAAUCAAUUAGUGCCGACGAUGACAGCACAUCGAUUGAUGACCUCUCUAUGAAGGGUCCUGGAUCCAUUGAGCUCCGUCUGCAACCGACUCUCUCACUUUCCGAGGAGGGCAAAUCUAGUCGACGCCCGAGCCAUGUCAAGGGCCUUGCCAUGACUCCUAUCCAUAGGAGUAAUACGCAUACUCGACUGAGCGUCCCCGAUUCCUCUCGGCAAUCAGGUCGUCCGGCGACCACUGGUGGCUUGUCGAAGAAAAAGUCUACUGAAAGCAUACGCAUGCUAGUCAAGCAGCCCACAGAUAGAUCUCUUUCUAGCCAAAGCGCCGGCGAAGAAAGGAAGAAGUUCGCCCUGAGCAAACCGAAGGGCGGCAAAUCCAAGGAACCGACUGAUGACCUGUCCCAAAUGAUAUACCGAGCUUCGAACUACAUGACCCUUGCGCACGUGAAGGUACACGACGUGGUUCUUAGCAUGAGUUAUAAGGGUAAAGGCGAGCACAACAUUGAAGAUCUCCACGACUUCGUUUUCCGUCUCCCUGUUCUGGAGUAUGGAAACAAGACAUGGUCGAAUCUAGAUCUUGCCCUACGUCUCAAGAAGGAUGUCAUCAAGGCUCUAAUUUCGCACGCUCCCGCUAUCCUUGGCAACAAGUUCUCUCACCACCGUCCUUCCAAGCAACAACAGAAGAAGCUCCGCGAGCUUGCAUCCUCAUCUCAACUUCUCCCUAACGCGGGCAACCUGAUGAACAACCCUGCGCGAAGCAACCCUGCUAGCAUGAUCAGCUUUGACUCCAAUAGCGAGUACUCCGAAUCGCCGUCGCGAAGGUCCAUGCAGUCGAAUGCUUCGCCAUUGGCGAGGUCGGUGUCACUGAGCUCUGAUAUCCACGAUAACCAUGAUCCUCCCAUUUCCGAUUCGCGAUCUGCGAGUGGUGUAGAUGUGGAUUCUCGCUGGGAGGAAUCACGUCGCUUUGUCAAUGCGCCGGGAAGACCUAGGACUGCCGGCCACACCGUGACUACCGUCGAAGCCGGCCGUGCCGAGCAGGAGGAUACUAGGUAA